UGAACUAUUAAUGUUCACAAUUUUAAUUAGGGUGUACAGCUCAAGAUAAAACAUUAAACUUUAGUUAGUAUUAAGCGGCGCUGACGGCGCGUCCCACUGUUCUACUGCUCUCCAUUCGCACGGUGAUGCCAACCUCUCCGCGCAGGAAUGAAAAAAUAAUAAUAAUUGAAAGAAAAAAAAGUGAACCGAUCAAAAUAAGAAUCUGUGGCGUGCCCUCAUUCAGUGUUCGCGGAGACGAGGUUCCUAGCGGCCCAGAUAACCACCCCAGUUCCUCCCACCGUGGGGCGUCGGCGAGGCGAACAAAGUUCCCAGCGAUGGAUCGGCUGGCAUGAGCGGCGGCGUUCGCCUCCUUCAAGUGAACUUCUCCUCAGCGCAGCGCGCGCUGGCGCCGAAGACGCUAGUUUCGCUAAAAGCCAAUCCAACGAACGCGAGCCCUCGCAGUCGCACGCGAUACACCGCCGUAGUCGUCGACGAGUGAAUUCACGCCGGUUUCUCCCGCCGAAGCCGUAUAGGAAAGUUUGUGUGUGUGUCAAGUGGACGUCGAUAGCGCCGGUGACCGAACGACCGACCCAAGAUGAACGGAGGAGCGUACGGGGCUGGCAAGGCCGGCGGAGGAUUCGACCCGAUCACUUUCGCGCUAAAACCGCAAGUCAUGCUUAGGAUAUUGUGCUGGCUAUUCGCCAUUGUGGUGUUCGGGUGCAUCUCGUCUGGUGCCUGGGUGGACGAGCGGUGCCAAUACAACAGUGACUCCAAUGCUUGCAACUUCGGCGUGGCCGUUGGAGUGCUCGCCUUCCUGGGCGCCUGUGGUUUUCUUGCCAUUGAGGCCAUGUUUGAGAGCUUCUCCAGCAUCAAGAUCCGUCGCCGGGCCGUCGUCGCCGACAUGGCAUUCUCUGGCCUGUGGGCAUUCAUGUGGGUCGUGUGCUUCUGCUACCUGUGCGACGCCUGGCGCAAGUCGGACAUGCCAAGCGAUGGCUACGGCCUCAACAACAUUCGAGCGGCCAUCGCCUUCAGCUUUUUCUCCAUCUUCACGUGGGUGGGCUGCGUGUUGCUUGCUUACCAACGCUACCGACAAGGCGCUGAUGCACCCUUCAUGCCGAGCUACGAGGCUGACCCAACCGGCAUGGGUGGUGGUGGGGGCACACCCUUCACUGGUGGCUACCCUGGGGACAUGGGCGAUGCCUACCAGGAGCCUCCCUUCUCCACCAAAGCUGACCCCGGAGGCAUGGGUGGUGGAAACUUCCAGGCACCGGCCUACUAGCCUGCCCCAUGUUCCCCGUCUGUGAUCCCUCUAGCUCCCUCUCUUUUGGGCCCUCCUCUCCUUCUUCAACCUGUAUGCAUGUCUCCAGCCAAGGGGAGGGAAAACUGGUGAUCUACGUGUCUUCUGUCUGUGUGUCGGCCGUGCACGCAAGAGCAGGGCCUCGUACUGUGUGUACAGCUGGGAGGCCCCCCCCGUUUCAUAUCUUCGCCACUAUACGCUAUCAAGGAAAAAAUUUCGAGCCGAAUGGUGCGCCAUGGAGUCCUCUCAAACCAUUCUAUGCAGAGUGUGACCAGGGUGUUUGUUCCUAGCGUGAAAGUACUUGUGUGAUGACAGCUCCAAAGAGACAAGGUCUGGCUGGAACUAGGUGUUUGGUGUCCUUAUGAGCAGUUUUUCUUUUGCACUCACUGACAGCGUAAAUUUUGCUGUUGCAGUGCUUUCUGGUUGUGUAAAUUGAAGGUCCUGCCCACUGUAUAUGUAACAUGUGUCGAAGUAAAAUAAUUGCAAUGUUGGCUGGACAACAAAGCCUAAGAAAGUGUGUGAUACUUUGCUGCUUACAGAGAAAAAAAAAAGAGAAAGGCUUAAUUAACUUUCUUGUGUUGUUACUAGGUGGCGCGAAUGUCGUCUUUCUUUUAGUUUGACUGCAUGUCAGGAUCUCGCAUAAGGGGCCUCACAGCCGCGCACAGUAGGAGACUCUGCUAUGGGUGUACGGUUACUGUUUGUGUAUUCGGCCAGAGGAAAGCAUGGCAUUUGCUCUGGCUUGCCUGUAGCUGGGAGCAAGAGCGGGGAAUUAAAUUAGGUUCAUUACUCUAGGCAAACCCUACUUAGCAGUACGGUGACAAUGAGGUCAGUAGUGGGUGAGUUGCUCGGCUUGUACUUAACCUAAAGUAUCGGUACAUUUGUUGAAAAAGCUUGUGCAGUCAGGACAUCAUGUGUUCGACUUACAGCCACAGGUACUACCAUAAUAUUCCGUGUCACCGCCCACCCCACCAGCGGAUAUAACUUGUCAGCGAAAAAUAGGGUGAAUGAUUUCUCCACGUUCACAAGACAAGCUUACAUUGCCGACAGGAAUUAGUAAGCAAAACAUUUGUAAGUGUUUGCCAGAGAGAGGAAUGUGCUUGCCAUACAUCACUAGUGAACACUCACUUUCGACAAAAAACAGGCAGACAUGUUGCUUACAGUCACUGUUUUUGCAGUCACAAGUCACAGUUACAGUCACAACAAGAAACAUGUUGCUUACAGUCACCUACAAAUUGCUCCUUGCACGAGUGUGCAGCACUGCGCGACUUGUGGUGCUUUUGCCUGGCAGCUGAUGAUCUCUCGGUGUGUUUUGUCGAAGUGAUAUUUUGCUACACAAGGGAGGUGGGCACAAUUUGGGGAUUGGAGAUGACUCGGGAUAUUGUGGUAUAAAUCCUGGAGAAUGAGAUGCAGCAAUGCUUGUGUACUAAAACUUAGAGACAUUUGCAGUUUUUUUUAGGAUCCGCAUCGGACAUUCUCUCUCUUUGCAAACACGUUUCCUUUCAAGAACAGGAUUGAACACAAUGUGCAGAAUACCUGGUGGGAAAAAAAAAAAAGUAAACAAGGCGACAGAAAGUGCACAGGUCGUCUGGCUUACCCAUUGAGAACAAUGGUAUAUCCCCAGAGGCUGUACGAGCCUGGCAUCCUUCUAGCGUUUUUGUUAAAGGGCUGAUGUUUGCUCGAAAACUUAUCAUUGCGACGUACAGCUAGUGGAAACUGUGUGUGGAUGAAAUUUCAGAUCUUUUAUGAUUGCCUGUGUACUUUAUGUGCAAGUGCCAUGUUUCUCUACAAGGCCACAGUGAAUGGCUGUGUAGAUUUCAAGUGUACUCUGGGUUGUGUUGAAGACAGUGUGCGUGUCCCCAAGGCAGCUUAGUCGAGUAGACACUCCAUCGCUUUUCCCCGCAAGAAGAGUCUACUCUCUCUUACAGACUGUCUAUCCAGGAACUGACUCGCAUGUCGACAGUUGAUACAGUGUUGAUGCUGUUGACAGCCUACAUAUGUUGGAGUGUAAGAAUACUAACAAACAUCUCCUGCGCAGAGCAAGGAAACCAAAUAUCGAGCAUGGGCUUGACAAAUGCUUAAUGCACGCUCAAAAGGUGCUCGACAUAAGUCAGAAGUGGCAUGGAAAACAUCUGUGAGAACAAAUGUUGUAGAUGACAGCACGCGCGUUCCGAGACACUGAAGCUGCAUCAUGUGCCAGUAUCCUCACCAUUCCCACUCUAGUUUUUCGAGCUACUAGGGCAAGCAAUGGACUUGUGGCUAAUCGAAACCUUGAUCGAAAUGACCAUAUUUCCAGACUCCAGAUAAUGAAACCCCAUAUUACAUCCAUUUCCUACACACAAAAAAAUUUACACGCUUUGGGGCUUAUCUCGUCCCGCAAUGAUAAUUGUCAUCUGUCUUGCCCGCAUUUCCUUUCUUGAACACUGCGAGCCCGGUACUUCCUAGUCACAAACGGCUUGUGCGUUACCAGCGUGACACAGCAUUCUCGACAGGAAAGUAGCGAGUGCCACGUUUUCAAUAAAGGAAACGCAAGCACGGCAGAUGACAAUUGUCGUGGGACAACAUAAGCCCCAAAGGGUGCAAACCUUUUUAGGAGCGUACACUUUCGAAAAUUCGGCGCCCUUUAAGGAGCAACUUUGUCUCUUGGUGUCAAUCUCGUGUGCAUUUCUCCCAACACUGCCAGCCCAAUACUUUUCUGCCAGGAGAGCCAUGCUAGCCUGUUUCACAGUAUUCCUGCCGAGAGUGUGGCUGGUUCAGGAAAUGCGCACCAGAUUGACAAAAACCAUUGAUGCAUGACCAGAAUCACAUGCAAGAAGGUGUAUAAUUUUAAAGAGUGUAAAGUGUGCACAGGCUCUCAGAGCACCUGUGUGAAGCUUAUGUGCCACUAUCAGGAACAUCUGUUGCUAAUAAUGGCAGGGGUUCUUGUUUUUAAUAAGAACCAGAGCAUCACAAUAUUUUGUAAAACCGUGGAGAGCGGUGCCAGUGAUGGUGAUCGUAGCAUCUUUAAAACAAAAGUGCGACCUUGUGGGUGAUGUAAGAAAGGCGCACCCCACAAUUCACACGCCCAUAUUUCUGUGCUGCAGGAAGCAGAGCGUGACGCACAUACUGUUGUGCAGUGCGUUCACUGCUGUUGCAAAGUUCAUACUCCAGAAAUUUCUGGCGUGCCACCAUUAGGUGCUGUCGUGAACAUGCGUGGUUGUGGCAGAGUCUCUAAUUACAGAACUUCUGCCAUCCUUUCUUCACUGUCCAAGUCUUGGAGGCACUACCUUUCAGCCUCAAGCGUAACAUUGCCGCAACCUUUACUUGCGACCUUGUGAGGUCGCUCACAAGGUCAAGGGGUGCACAUUGGUGCCACUGAAUUGCAGGCAAAACUGAAUGUUAGCUGUUGUUUUAGUUACCGAAUUAUUUUCUGGGUGAUCUCAUUUGGCACUACGUGUUCUUAUAUAUUGUGGAGGACAAUAUGUACUGCCAGGGACGAAAGUUUGUGGACUGUGCGCACAGAGAAAAUGCCGAAUUUCACUGUGGCCCAUGCAUGCAGCUUUCUACAUAGAAGGGACCAUUAAAUUUGUUCGCCCAAGAAUGCUAGUGUGUCACUUAAUUCCCGGUGGUGCACUGAAUUCGAUGAAACCCUUCAUGUUUUCACAUCACAUGCAGUCCAGAAAGUUUUGUCCCCGACCCCCAGGUCAUUACUUGGCCAUAAGCAUCUGCCAAGAGACACCCUUGUGUUCGUCAUUGGUUCCACACGGCAUGUGUAAGUAGGAUGGACUAUGACUCUAGUCAAAGUACAUUAUUUUCUGUAACAUUUUUGUCCUAUUUUGAGAGGUUGUGUUGGCACAACGCCUUGUUAAAGACAUGUUGCAAAUCGUUGACGGCGCUUUUGCACUUCCAAGUGCAUGCAAUGUGAGCAUCUCCCUUGGAGAUGCAUUUCAGUGAUGUUCAUUUGCAUUUCAGUUGCAAUACUGAAGGUGGCCAACACCAUGAACUGUCCCCUCUGUAAACUAUUACUGUCAAAUUGUUGCACUGCAGAGCCGCUGUCAGUGUAACCAUGAGAUUCUUUUUGUCCGUGCAGUGCUGCCGCGACGAUAACGGGCGCACAGUGGACAAACUGGCACAACCUCGGCAUAUCUAGUCUCUGGCCAGAGAGCUAUGCUCGGUGGCAGAAAAAAAUGGACGGUGCUGAACACGCCGUUGACAUUCCACACUGUUCCUAUAAUCUUGUCAAAAUGUUGUCCUUGCUUCUCUCCCAUCAUUCAAAAGUCAUGCCCGCACAACUAGACUCGACGUCAAAAGGUGCCAGCAUUAGAAUGAUGAACAACCGCGCACACUUUCUCUGUGCUUCUAGUCGUCGUUACAAACCCUGCUGUGUCUUAAACACUCGUCAAAGAAGUCCGUGCCCAUAUAUCACCACUUUCUCUCUCUCCGCGACUUGCGAUUACUUCCGUCACUCGGUAAGAAAAAAAAAAGACUGCAAUAACAAAAAUGUAUUUUUGUGCGAGGCGUGCACACACACACAAUAGACACCCGCAAUAACCGUGCCUCGGAAGGAAACGUUUGGUCGGCUGUCGUGUGCUGUCUUUGGGCAUACGUUGGAUCAGGAACGCAUUUUUCCGCUCCUCAGUGGCUAACUCGCGAUCUGCCCAGCUUUCAUGACCCCAUAUCAACAAUGCAUUCAUGAACUAACAUAACACAUUUGCCUGUUUAAAACCGUUUUGGCUAGGUUUUAAAUGGACAAGGGAUCUCCAUUUGUUUCUUUGUAGUCCGAUACACGUUCUGUUGGAACAGCAUGGCAUUGAAAUAUAGCUGCACCUUUAGAAAAUGUGGCCCUAUGUGUAUGUUUUAAAAGAUGUUUCUUUUUAUCCUGUCAGCUGCCACCGCCACAUUUCCCAUCUUACCUACAGCAAAAGCCAACCAAAUUUACGACAUGAUUUUCUGUAGUGAGGAAUGAACCACAACCUUCUGACAAGCUUCCCUUCCAUGUCGUGCGGAACAUCUGGCACCUUUUGUAGCAGUAAAUGCGGCCCUUGGGCAGAUGGGCAGAACCUAAUGUCGCUUACUUUGUCGUCUCUGAUUUAUGGCGCAACGUGGAGAUGAACUUGCAAGAUGUUGAUUUGUUCAGACACAUUUUUGCACCUAUCGCAAGUAAUCUUCAAGUACGCUAGAGUCAAUGCAAAUCAAACUCAAUGCAUGUUGGACAUUGCUACAUGUUUCUUGCUUGACUUCAGUCUCGCAGUACUCAGCUGCACUCUGCAUUUUAAUCUUACUCGAGAAAUUCAGUACUGAUCAGCCUCGCGAACGAUUGAAAGUGGCCGUGUUACAGAAGGUAUCACAGCAGGCACUGUGGUCCUUAGAAAGUAAGACAUAGACAGAUGUCAUAAUUGGCAAGUCAUUGCAAACUUUGACGGUUUGAUUUACGACUUGUACUUAUGUGUGCAAUUUCAUGUGCAAUCUUUUUAAGUGCAAUUUCAUUUCACUGAAUCAUGCUCGUUAAUGUUUUUUAAGGAGACUGCCACCAUCACACUGUUUCCCUUGCACUUGCAUCCUGAAAGCUGUAACUGCCAUAGGUGACGCUCCUUUAGAAUGAUGCCAGUAAUCAACAAUUUAUGCCUUUUUGCUUGCUUUCCCGCUGAUUCUGAUGGCCAGAAUAUUACCAUACAAAAUAAAACCUAUUAUCAAAAUUUUUUAAGCACUUUCACCACUGCACUGAGGACACCCAGACAGCAUGAUGGAUGCUCGUUCCAGCAUCUGCAGCCAAGCAGAAGGAAAGUGCUGAUGCCAAGCUGUCAAAUUUGCAGUUUAUGAAGAGCCAUCAUUACCGCCUCACGCAUGCAUUAAGCUUCCCUCGCUAGCUGCUUUUGUGAGCAAAAUGCCAUGCAGAUAAUGUGCAGACAUUUCAGCUGUGCUCACUGUUGACAUUCUACUGGCUUACAGUGGUGAUGUCGCGCCAAAUUUUCGCAGCCGUAAUCUGUCCCAAUCUUGAAGGUGGCUACCAAAAAUCUGCUAGCUUGCCCAGUGUAACAUGCCCCGAUCGGUAUGUGGUCAUCUGGCGUAAGAACAAAAGGCACAUGUCUGCUGAGGAACUGAACACAAUGUACACUGCUCACGGAAUGAAAUGGGACACGGGGAAUUUAGUAGAACCCUACGUAUGUGCAAAGUACGCGAGAGCACCAUGUCAUGUCGCUAGGAAUUUGGUCACCAAAGGUGACGAGGACUCCGAUGUAAGUGUACGCGCCAGAAUUACGUCGAUGUGACCCGAACUGCAGCCAGUUCAAAUGAAAGUAUGCAGAUUACUUAGUCCUAAAUUGACGCGUUUCGUUCCGUGAGCACUGUGCAACAGAUUAUUCCAAAGAUGGAUUUUUUUUUUUUGCUUUUUGUAUAAUGCAUCCGCCUGAUUUUAAGGGAGCUAACGGUCCUGAAAGUCUCAAAGUCAGCAGCGAUCGUAAUAAGUAAGUUUAUCUAAAACUGCCUGAAUGCGAGUGUCGACUGCUCAGAAUUGGCGACUGCAAAGCAGACGAGCAGUAGAUUACAGCAGCACAUGGCAAUCGCGAAAUUUGUAGAGUAGGACGUAAGCCGACAGAAGUGAGCAAACAGCGCAGCCAUACGGAAACACCCGUCAGCUCCAUCUGUCUGCAAACUUUUUCAUGUUGGCCUUAACUGAGACAGAGCCCGUUUGAGCAGACGUUACACACACCCAAGGGAAGGCGUCGUGUACCAUAUUCUCAAUGUAAACACACCUAUUCACUGGUCAAUGUUGUAAAUAUUACAGUGUCUCUCGCGUGCCUGUACAUAUAUGCUUGUGACAUCCGUAUCGCAUAUGCCUUGUUUACAGUGCAGAGGACAUUUGCAAGCAGGCUGGUGUCGUUCUAUGUGUUCACUGCAGCACAAAGCAGCUUCCAGAACCUUACCGACGAGUUGCAGCGAGGCAGGCAAUUUGUGCAUUACAUACAUUUCUCACACAAGCUAGGCCCAUGGACAUUUUUUUUUGUUUUGCAUUACAAAGACUAUUUAGAGGUGCCGUCUGUCAAAGAGUCAAUCUUCACCUUUUUUUUUGUUGUUCCAGUAGAAAUGUAAAAUGGCUUCUUGCUGACGGUGACUAGCUCAAGUGUUUCUAAUGCCUACACCAUUGUGUUUCCUUCUGCUACAUAAGCGUGACGAAGCACUGCAUUAUUCUUCACCUCAACCAAAAGCUUCUUUGCAUGCCACAUGUUUUUUGAGCCAGACUGAAAAUGUGGGUCCCCAGAGCUUUGCGAACGACACGCAGAGGCCGUUCCACACAUUCUGUCCCACCCAAAAAUGCAUUACACGCCCUCUGAUCAGCACUUCGGCGCCUAGCGUACCUUGAAGCUUUUAGGAAAGAUAAGCGUGUGUGAGUUAUUUAUGAAAUGCGCGGCAGCUGUUAUUUUGGCGGCUAACACUUAUUUCCCAUUGCGUAGCUGCCGACACGAAUGCACGGCAACUCGUGGGCUAGCAAGCUGCAAUCAGUUCGGAUGCCUUGGUUGUAAAAGCUCGCAUUUGAUUUCUCCGGUGGUCACGUGCACCUUGUUUGCGUGUUUGUUUCAUCAGCAGUAUGUUUGCGACACAAGUGCAUUUGGUGGUUUCGUGUGAGGUUUCGCGAGGGUUUGCAAUUUUUGUUCAUGGUGUCACGGUUGCGAAAUAAAGAAAAAUGCUCUAGAUGAUGUUUGUGCAUGUGCACGCGUGUGAUAUAACUAUUAUGUAGUUGGAGGAAGCAACAUGUUAAUGUAACUAGUUGGGAAGAAAUAAAGGAUGCUGUCACACCA